AGGAUAACUCAAUUUUAUUUUUGGAUUUUUUUUUUGAAAAAAAAUUGAAAAAACCGAACUUUUUUCUGGUUAUAAAUUCCAUCGAAUCAAUCAUGGAAUUUGUUCAGAAAAUUUUGUUCGUGUGUUCGAUUGUUUCUGUGUUUAUCGUGAUUUGGAUUUUGUGCUGUUGAAAGUUUCAAAGAAGAGUUUUGUUGAAGAAAGAAGAGUUUUUGUGGUGUUGAAAUACGAAAAAUGAAUUCAAAACUUUAUCAUCGAAUACAAACAAAAUUGAAUGAUUUGAUUGAAAAAUCCGAUACAAUAAUUGAUCGAACAAAAUUUCAAGAAAUUGAAUGGUUAUUUGAAUUUGUUGAAGCAAACGUAACAGCAUAUGGUAAUUUAUGGGAAAAAAUCCGAUCGAAUAUUCAGCAAAAAUUUUUCAAUUCCAAAAGUUUACAGGCGAAAAAUUCCAGAUUAUCAUGGGCAAAUUUAUUCGAAAUACGUUAUUAUCGUACUAAACAAUAUCGAAUGAAUAAAAUUAACAAUCGUUUGAUGGAAGAUUAUGAUUUAGAUUUAAAAUUACAAUUAGAAGAUGAUAAUGAUGAUAAUGAUGAAGAUAAUAAUGGUAAAGAUAAUGGUAAUCGCCGAAGUUAUACAAUAACGGACAAAAUUCUUGAUUUAGUUAAUGAAUCCAUACGGUCAUGUCAUUUUGAUGAUAAUAAAUUAAUGGCACGUUUAUUUUUCGUUCGGUCAAAACAAUUGGCUAUUUGUGGUGUCGAUGAUUCAUCCGAUUCAUCAGAUGAUUCGAAUGAAAUAAAAUCAUUCGAAAAAGAAUCCAUCAGACAAGCAUUAAUCAAUAUUGAUUAUGCAUUACGUUUUUAUCUAUCCAAACAAUAUUUAUUGACAAAAAUUUACCUAUUAAUGAAAUUGGGAAAUGAAAAACGUUCAGAAAAAUUAUUAAAAAUUUUAAUAGAAAAUUACGAGAUAAAAAGUGAUGAUGAAUUUAGAAAAUUUUUACAAACAAAAUAUGAUAAUAGGUCACCGAUUUGUAAACCAGAAUAUUUGAGUCGAAUGUUUAUCGAUUCGAAUGAUUCAAAUGAUUCGAAUGAUGACCACAUGGAUCAAAAUAGCCGGAAAGAAAAAAAUCAUCAACCAAAACAACAACAAACAUCAUAUCUGGAUCAACGGUUAUUGUUGAUAAAUCGUUCCGGGCAAGGUCGAUUUUUUAUCGCUAACGAAUCAAUUGAUAAAGAUGAAUUAAUAUUACGUGAACGACCAUAUACAAUAGCAAUGUUUACGGAAUCAUCGUUGAAACGUUGUCAAAAUUGUUAUCGUCAAGUAACGAAUAUAUUUUUCCCCUGUAUAAAUUGUAAUGAAAUAAUUUAUUGUUCAAUAAAUUGUUUGGAACAAUCAUAUGAUUGUUAUCAUCGUUUUGAAUGUCGUAUGAAUCAAUAUUGGAUUGAUUGUUCAAAAUCAACAUAUCAUAUGUUUAAAUUAUUGAAUCGUUUAGGUAUUGAUAAUGUUUUGAAAUUGACAUCGUUUGAUCAACAAGAAGAACAACAACAAAAAGAUCAACAACAACAACAACAAGCAGAACAACAACAACAACAACAAGGAGAACGACAACCAGAACAACGACAAGAAUCAUCAUCUAUAUCGAUAAUCGAAGACUAUAUAAACGAUCAAAAAUCAACGGAAAAUGAUGUAAAAUCAAAACAAAACGAUGUUAAUGAUGAACAACAAAUGAAUUUGUUUCAAAUAUUUUCCAAACUAGUUGAUAAUAAUGAUAAACAUGGUUUAGAAUUUUUAUCAUAUCAUUUUACAAAUGCAUUAAAUAUAACCAUUUCGGCAAUGAUUGUACAAGGUUAUACCGAAAAACCAUUAUCCCGUCGAAAAAUGUUACAUUUAUUAAAUGUUUGUUUCAUUGGUAUACGUCGUAUAUCGAUGAAUUCAUUUCAAUGGUCAAAUGUUGGUACAUGUGUUUGUCUAAUUGCAUCAUUAUUUAAUCAUCGUUGUGAUAAUAAUGCUGAAUGGAAAUUUAUUGAUGGCUAUUAUUAUUUGAAUGUAUGUCGCCCGAUUGCAGCAUAUGAAGAAAUAAGCAUCAAUUAUGGUUGUGGUUGGCCAUUAUCAACAUUUGAACAACGUUUACGACAACAUUCAUGUUAUUUUUUUCAAUGUAAUUGUAUACAAUGUAUGGAAGAUUCAAAAUUAACCCCUGCAUUACAAUGUAAACAUUGUACAAUUGGCCCUGUACUUUUAUCACGAAUUGUUUAUAAUCCUAAAGAUCAAAAUGAUCAAAUUCAAGAUAAUCAAGGUCCAGAUAAUCCAGAUAAUGAUGCAAUAUGUUUACUAUGCUAUCAGCCAUACACGAAUACCCGACAAACAUUAAAUCGUUUAAAAUUUUUACGUAAUCAAAUACAUUUAAUAACCAAUAUGUUUGGUUGUUUAAAAGAAAAUUUACAUGAAAAAUAUCUAAUGAUAUUAAAAUCAUGUAUGAAUGAAUUAACGGAUCUGAUGUAUCGAAAAAAUCGAAUAUUAAUGGAUGAUUUGCAAAAAUGUUGUGAAAUUUUUGUUGAAAAUUCAUCAUCAACUAUAUUAACAGAUGUGGAUCAUCAGUUUUUAAUAAAAUAUGGUCAAAUUAUUGAUAAUAUUCUACCGGAAUAUGAUUUAGAAUUACCGAAAAUCGAUUCAUUAGAUGAU